AUGUACGGGAACAACCAGUUCGACGGUAAUGCCGCCUUCUCCGGCGGCGGGUUCAUGCCUUCUCAGGCCACCCAAACCGCCGACCCUGGCUUCUCUCCGGCCAAGAAUCGUGACGCACAGCCUUUACUACCAUUAACCGUGAAGCAAAUAAGUGAAGCCUUCCAGUCAAGUGAUGACAAGGCGAAUUUUCUAAUUGAUGGAGUUGAUGUGAACAAUGUGAAAUUAGUAGGGAUUUUGGAUGAAAAAACUGAAAGAGUGACUGAAGUUUCAUUCGUGCUUGAUGAUGGAACUGGUCGCAUUGAUUGCCACAGAUGGGUAAAUGAAGCAAUUGACACGAAGGAAAUGGAGAUUCUCUUAAAUGGCAUGUACGUAAAGGUUCAUGGGCACCUGAAGGGAUUUCAGGGCAAAAAGCAACUGAUGGUGUACUCUGUCAGGCCUCUCGAAGACUACAAUGAGAUUGCAAACCACUUUGCUGACUGUAUUUACGUCCACUGCUACAAUACUAAAAUACGGAAGCUGCAGGAUGCUUCCCAAGUUCCAGGUCAUAUGCCAAAUUCAGCAGUUGGCGCCCCUUCCAGAGGUUACCAACCUACCCCGUCUAAUCAUUUUCCUGUGCAGUAUAAUUUGGAUGGAGUCAAGGGCCUCGAUAAAGCAAUCUUGGACUAUUUGCAGAUGCCUUCAUCCCUUGCAAAAGAGAAAGGAAUCCAUCGGAGUGAACUUGCUCAACAACUAAAAGUUCCCGAGGCUAAAAUCUCGUAA